AUGCCUCCAUUAGACGACAAAGAACUCAUGCGGCGCGAAGCCUAUCUCAAGCAAGCAGAGGCAAAAGCAAGGAAUCUGCUUGCCGAGUACGAUGUGUUCGUCUCGAGAUAUCGAGUCUGCGCAGAACAAGUCCUCGAGAUCAGGAACCGUCUUAACAACACCAAAAGCUCAGUCGCAACCAUCGGAAUUAAGAUCGACUUGAAAAGAGCAGAGGCUCGACAAGAGCUCGCCAUAAAUGCCUUGUUGAAGAAGCAAGACGAACAAAAUGCCGCCGAGGCCAAUAGGUUCAGCGCCAAACUGGAUCUUGAUGAGUAUCGCAAAUCAAUGAAGCAGUCAUCAACACCAAAACCCAAGCAGCAGCUUUCUCCUAGGCCCAAGCAGCAGCAUCAGCGAGAGACAAAGGCUGUGAACAAAGAAGCUGAUAUCCAACAAAGGAUUCAAGAGACUCGAAAGCGCGCAGAGGAUGAGGUGAGGGCUAGAGCAAAGGAGCGGUCAGACCAGAAAGAAGCGGAGGCCAAACGAGUGUGGGAGCAGCGCAAAAAAGAGCAGGACGACGAGGCGAAGAAGCGAUUAAGAGAGCAAUUAGCCAAUCGAGGGCCUGACUUCGCACGAAUGCAAGAGAAGUGGGAGAAGGCCGAGGAAGAGAAGACCCGACAGCGAUCCAGGACGCGAGAAGCUCAAAGAGAGGUGGAAGCGGUGCGCAUGCAGGCCGAAGAACAGAGCAGAUCACGGACUGGAGAGCGAUCAACUCACAAGGCACCGGAGGCUUCCUCGCCCUUACGAGAACGGGCAACGAGGCCAGAAGAAAAGAUACGAUUCCUUUCAGAAGAGCAAUACGGCCAGAAAAAGCUGGAGGCGGAGCGCAGACGGAACUUACGCAUCCAAGCAGACGAAGAAGCAAAACUCGGCGCAAGAGAGCGAGCAGCUCAGCAACAGGCGGAAGAAGAAGAAGAAGAAACCAAAACCCCACCACCCGUCCCACCCCACCGCGCGAAUCCCCAACACGACCCCGAAAUCUACAAAGCCUGGCGCCAAGACGCCGAAGAAGCUUUCAAAGACUAUACCACCAUGGAAGUCUUCCCCACGCCACCAUUUCCCGACGUGAUCUGCAACAAGCCCGCUUGUAUUCUCAGUCGGGCUACGCGAGCCCUCAAGAUCUGUUCGUGCGAUAUUGAGAAGGCGGUGAAGGGGGCUGGGAGACCGAUUAAGGAGGAGAGGAAGUGUUGGCAUCCGGAUAAGUUUUCGAUGUGUAGAGAGGAGGUUCGAGAGGAGUUUCAGGCGAAGGCGAAAGAGGUGUUUCAGGUUGUUGUUAGGAUGUAUGCGGUUGAGAAAGGGGGGUAG